AAGAGCUUAUACGUCGUCUUCUACCUCGACGCCUUGAGGUAUUUCUUCUUCCCAGCUCCGUUAAUGGAGCAUUCGGUUUCUUCGGAACUGACCGCCAGGACUGGGAAGGCACGGGUCGACAUGGCUUCGUUCCAAAGAUCAGAUCUUUCAAUUGGUUUCCUUCCCGCUGAUAAUAGGUUGGUUCGGGCUUUCAACAAUUUCAAGAAGAGCGGGGUUCCUUCCAGGUUCCUGCUUUUCUCUGAAGGCGCCUGGGAGGACCUUGAACGCAAUGUGUUCGACGAAUUGAAAGCAGGUUUCUUGGCCGGCAAGACAAGUUUGAAGAUUGCUGCCUGCGAAAAAUCCCAUCUUUUUGAUUUUCUCCGUAUGACGAGGAUUGAUCUGAAUACAGGAAAGUGGAAUUCGAUAGGGUGGAUUGAUGUUCAUGGUAAAUGUUUUUUUCCAGGAAUUGAAAAAGAAAUUCUUUCAGAGUCAUUGGGGGGGUUUCGAGUUUUUCAGAAAGGUCAUCAUCAUGUUCAUUGCAGAAAAGAACUCUGUGAUGAAAACGCAGAGGUCUCAUCUAAUAGAUGGCCGGAUACCAAAUUGCUGAGAAAAGAUGACAAGUUCUAUAAAGUGGUGGAAAAAUUGUUCCUUUCCGGCAUGAAAAGAUUCAUUCCAGAUACUGUCAUCACUUCCAUACACAAAUGCUCGCAUUCCAGUUCCUCAGCCAAUUCUAGGCUAUUAACUUUCCAGUUUCAUAGAAAACAAGCAGUGGAAGCCCGAGGGCAUUGCAAUAUCAAAUUUGGAUGGUUUGGUUCGUCUGCAAGCAGUGUUUCUGCAAUUCUGUCUGAUGGUUUCAGACAAACAAACAGCGCUCGGCCCGGGGUUUGUAACCAUGGCUUUGGCAUCCAUCUUUCAUCACCGCAUUCUCCUUAUGACAGUGCUAUGCUAUCAGAAGCUGAUGAAAAUGGCGAGAAGCAUUUGCUGCUUUGCAGAGUUAUAAUGGGAAAAUCUGAGAAAAUAGAGGCAGGAUCCAUUCAGGACCAUCCCAGCCAUGCAGAUUUUGAUACUGGUGUUGAUGAUAUUGUGAAUCCAAAAUGGUAUGUGGUGUGGAACACUCACAUCAGGACGCAUAUUGUUCCUGAUUUCGUUGUGAGCUUCAGGUCUUCAGGAAAUUCUGGAGGAUUGAGGAAGCCGAUAGGAGUGCAAAAGCUGUCUUCUUUGACAAAUCUUCCAUUUUGGAAGCUUUUUGCAGAGAUUGGAAGAUGCUUGCCUUCUUCCAAAAUGCAAGCUUUGGAGGUUUUUUACAAUCAAUAUAAGGUGGGAGAGAUCAGUAAAGACAUAUUUAUUAGAUACAUGAGGUCCAUUGCAGGGGACCAGCUGUUGACUUCCACUAUAAAGAGAUUGAGCGCUUGUUAAUGUAUUCUUAUUUUCGGGGCUGUUGAGUCCUUCUGAGGCGGUGAGGUUUCUAUACAAAAGCAAUUCAACUACUAGAGUUGACCAAUUCAAUUUAAAGGAAUAAAUACAUCAUUUUUUUUAGU